AUGCCACCCCUCAGCACUCGUUCGUCUUCCCCUGAAAUCCACUCCAUUUUUUCGGCUUCGCCAGUAGACGAAAGAGGACCUUCUCCCCCCACUGCGCCUCCUCCUAUUGCCGAUACCGGCUAUGCCAAGACCACUCGAGAGCUCCUCGAGCUCGUCGCUACCUUGCGCUCCCUUCCCGGUUCGCAGAUUUCCGGUCUCGACAAAGUCCUUCCGCGUGUGCUUGUCGUCGGUGGCCAAAGCAGCGGCAAGUCCAGUCUCGUCGAAGGCACUUGCGAGAUAAACGUUCCGCGCGACGCCGGAACGUGCACCCGGUGCCCGAUGGAGUUCCGCCUCUCUCGCUCUCCCAACGGGGCACCCUGGUCAUGCCAGGUUCGCAUCCGCUGGGAAUUCGACGAGCACGGGCACCGCCUUGAGGUUCCCCACGAGGAGGCGUUCGGAUCGCGCGUCGAGGACAAGAGGGUCGUCGAGGCACUUCUCCGUGCUGCGCAGGAGGCGGUACUCAACCCCAGCGUUCCCGUUUCGCACUUCGUUGGUCUUGCCGGGGAGCUGCAGAGCCCCAGCCCCCCACCGCAGUCACAACGGGGAGCGCGCUCUGCAUCGAAGGGGUCCGCGUACAUGGGAAAGUCUCUGCCGUUCUCCCGCAACGUCAUCUGUGUCGAGGUGUCGGGCCCGGAUCUCGCCGACUUGUGGUUCGUUGACCUUCCAGGCAUUGUCCAAAAUGCCGACCCCGAAAUUAUCAAGCUCGUCGAGGACCUCGUGAUGUCCUACAUCAGCGGUGCGGGGCUGAUCUUGCUGACCCUCCCCAUGAGCGGCAAGUUGCCAUCGACGCACGACUUGUGUUAUCAGACUAACUGUGCGCUCCCAGAUGACAUCGAGAACCAGAAGGCUGCUAGCCUUGUCAAGUCGGUCGAUCCCCAGGGUCUCCGUACUAUCGGGGUGCUCACGAAGCCGGACACGCUCCUCCAAGGCGCGAGCAGGAGCCGUGAGAUGUGGCUCGACGUCCUCGAGGGACGCCGGCACCCUCUUCGUCACGGCUAUUUCUGCACGCUCCAGCCCGACGACGACUCGCGCCUCGCCGGUAUCACGCCCGCUCAAGCACGCGAGCGCGAAGCCGAAUUUUUCCGGAAGACUACGCCGUGGGCGCAGUGCGCUUCGAAGGAGAGGCUCGGCACCCGCAGCUUGGUGAAGAGCGUGAGCGAGCUGCUGACCACCAUCAUCCGUGACUCGCUGCCACACUUCAUGGAGGAGGUCUCCGAAGAACACGGGAAGACCCUACGCUCGCUCUCGACUCUGCCUCCCAGAGCGGUCGCGAUCAACCCCUCCACCUUCGUGCUGCAAAUCAUCACGAAGUUCUGCGGUGAAGUCAUGCGCCACGUCGACGGCGACUCCGCCCACGCGCGCCUCGUGCAGUCCAACAAUGCGGCGUACCUCACGUACAAGAACGGCAUCCGCGGGACGGCGCCGAUCUUGGUCCCGUUCGAGGACGGUAAGAUGCCGCACGGCGCGCGCCUCGAAGAGUUCCUAGCGGUGGAAGACGAGCGGGAAACCACCGACGGCGUGCUCGGCGAGCAGCAUCAGGUGCUCUAUGUGAACAGUGUCCACGACAUCAUCGAGAAAUGCCGUACGCGAGGGCUUCCCGAUGACAUUCCUUGGGAGGUCGUUCCGGACAUGAUUCGUGGAUACCAAGAGACCUGGGAGCACCUCACUCAGGCGUGCUUCGGUCACGUCUACGAAGCGUUCAAGGAGACCCUUCUCAACGUCACACACGAGAGUCUCAAAGAGUACCGGCACCUCAAGGCCGUCGUCGGCCCGAUAAUCAUGGACAUGCUCGAGACAUACUCCCGCGCAGCCGUCUCCCAGUUCCGCAUGAUCCUCGCCACCGAGCGCAGGAACACCUUCACCCAGAACACUCAGUACUAUCGCUCGCUCCGCAGCAAGUACCUGCAGCAGUACCGCGAGGCCCGCCGACCGGAAAUGAGCUCCGACCUCGAUGACAUCAUCAAGAACACCGUCGGCACGCUCGUGGGGCACGGGCUCGGGCCGUCGGUCGAGGUCCUGAUGGACCGCCUGUUCUUCAGCCCGAAGUUCGACGAGUCGGCUUCGGACGAGUUCGACGCCGAGCUGCUCAUCAUGGCCAAGGUCCGCGCUUACUUCCAGAUCUCGUACAAGCGCGUCAUCGACCACAUCCCGCUGUCGAUCGACUACCACUUCCUCCGCGCGUUCGCGGAGAGCCUCCAGGGUGUGCUCUUCGAGCGGCUCGGGCUUGGAGCGUUCAACGCGGACGCGCGCUGCGAGUCGUACAUCGCGGAGGAGCCGGGGCUCGUUGCGCAGCGCGCGAUGCUCGCCACGCGGAAGGAGCGCCUGGAGAGCGUGCAGAACGCGCUGUUCAAUUUCGGGCUCUGA